AUGAGCCAAAAAAUCUUCCGCAUUUUCAACCCAGGAGGGCCAAAAGAGAACCCGACUGACAAACGUCGAGCUCAACUUAGAAAUGCUCAAAGAUCCUACCGUGAUCGGAAGGACAAAUACACCAAAGCCUUGGAACAGGAAAUCUCCAAGAUGAGGGCCAAUGAAGCAGAGCUUGCGGCUAGGUGCGAGCAGCUCUCCGACACGGUCUGGGCGCUUGCAAAUAUGCUUGCGCAACAUGGACUUUCAAUACCUCCCGGUAUUAAGAUCAAUUCAAAAAGCAACACUAUCGAAACCCAGCGAAAUAAAGGUCAUUUGUCAGGAAACAGGCUCUCAGUUGCGCAGCCAUCGGCUCUCAACACCAUCAAGUUACCCUCUGAUACUGCUAGGACAGGAUGCACUCAAACGCCACCAGCGGAAAAUGACUUGCCGUAUCAAACUUGGGGCAUGAGUAGCGACCACGAAUCAAGGGUCCAAUUGCAUCGACGUUUGACGGAAAACAGUCGCCCUUCCAGCAGAUCUUGGUCUAGAACCAACGAAGGUCCUGUUGGGUUUCAUAGCUCUGCUGGAAGGAUGUCCGAGCUUGAUCCAAUACUAGCUGGCAUGGAGUUCGUUCUAACAGUUGAACGCCCCUGUCUGGAACACAUCGGGGGCAACCCAAGCGAACCUGCAGAGCCCACAGGUCAUGCCUUGACGACCUCGGCGCAGCUCCUUUUCGCACACUGCCACUCGCCAAAAGAAGAUCCUUUGACCCUACCUUACUGGAACGCACCGGCUGACUUACUUCACCGUUUACUCAACCUCUCAGCCGACCUGUGCUUGGAAGGCGAACUCACUCCAACGCAAGCAUGGGACUACAUCCGAAACCAACCACAAUUCGGUGGUAUUGAAGUGCAGAGACUUCAGGACCUUGCAGAGAAGCUGAGGUCGUCAGUAAAGUGUCACGGGUUUGGAGCAGUAAUUGACACGCAAACCUUCCAGGACUUGAUAUUUGAGGUUCUGAUGUGUGCACGGGACUUCUAA